CAUGUAUAUGGUUAUCUUACAUCAGUUCCUCGUGUUCAUAGGGGUAGCCCUCUCCAUCACCGCCUUCCCUGUCCUCGCACGCAUCUUAGCAGAGCUCAAACUGCUCACCACACGCAUAGGCGAGACGGCAAUGGCUGCAGCAGCCUUCAACGACGUGGCUGCAUGGAUUCUGCUGGCCUUGGCCGUGGCCUUAGCAGGUGGGAACCUUAAAGGCCCUCUAGUCUCCAUUUGGGUUCUCAUUUCCGGCGUGGCUUUUGUUGCUUUUAUGUUCAUUCUGGUCCGUCCUUUGAUGACUUGGGUUGCUAACCGCUGCUCAUCUCAAAUGGAGGACGAAGCUUAUCUAUGCUUCACCCUAGCCGGGGUCAUGUUGUCCGGGUUCAUGACUGACCUAAUCGGUGUCCAUGCCAUCUUUGGGGCAUUUAUUUUUGGAUUAACCAUUCCGAAAGGGGGUGAAUUUGCAGCCAAACUGACUAAAAGGAUCGAGGAUUUUGUGUCUGGUUUGCUUCUCCCUCUCUACUUUGCCUCGAGUGGUUUGAAGACUGACGUUACUAAAAUACGUGGGAUCAAGGCAUGGGGUCUUUUGGCUUUGGUUAUAUCAGUUUCUUGCACUGGAAAAAUUUUGGGAACGUUUUUGGUUGCAAUGAUGAGUAUGAUACCAGUGAGGGAGUCAUUAGCUCUAGGUGUACUGAUGAAUACUAAAGGAUUGGUGGAGCUUGUUGUUCUGAAUAUUGGCAAGGAGAAAAAGAUUCUAAACGACGAGAUGUUUGCUAUUUUUGUGCUGAUGGCACUUUUCACCACCUUCAUGACGACACCAAUAGUGAUGGCCAUUUACAAACCCUAUGUCGUUGCUUCCCAAUCUGAGAGUAGUUUAGAGAGACAGAAUUCUCCCAGCAAGAACCCGAAGAAAAAGAAGGAACUUCUAAUCCUUGCUUGUAUUCAUGGACCGGGAAGUGUACCCUCCCUUAUCAACCUCAUUGAGUCGACCGGAACCUCCUCCGAGAAUUCUCUUCUCAAAGUUUACGUGAUGCAUCUUGUUGAACUUACUGAUCGUUCAUCCUCCAUUAUGAUGGUACACAAAGUUCGGAAAAACGGCUUGCCCUUCAUCAACCGCUUUUGUCUAGGGGUGGCACGCCAUAUCGCCUCAGCAUUUGAAGCUUAUAGUCAAGUUGGUCAAGUCACCAUCCUUCACACAACAGCCAUCUCGGCUUUGCCUACGAUGUACGAGGAUAUUCUCCAUGUUGCGGAAGCCAAGACGGUGUCCAUCAUUAUCUUGCCUUUCAACAAACAGGGGAAUAAACAGGGUGAAGAGACGAUGGAUAAUUUAGAGCAUCGCUGGAGAGCAGUCAAUGAGAGAGUUCUAAAAUGUGCUAAUUGCUCAGUAGCAUUGUUCGUGGAUCGUGGACUCGGUGUUGGAGCUGGGAAGGGUGCAAAGACUACCAAUCUGAAGAGGGUGUGCAUUCUAUUCUUGGGUGGAACCGAUGACCGCAGGGCACUGCAGUAUGUUGCGGGAAUUGCAAAUCAGAGCGUUGUAGUUACCGUUGUGAGGUGUUUUGAGCACAGCAUUACUCCUCCAAGCUCCAUCACCAACCCCGACAGGGAUCUUGAUGAGACUGCAGUGGCAGAGUUUCGAAGGCAGAAUGGGUCGGUGGAAUUCAUAGAGAAGGUGGUAGUCGGCAACAUUAUAGAAACGGUGGCGGGCAUAGUUCAGGGCAGGGAAUACAACCUGGUGAUCGUGGGGAAGCAGCACCACCCUUCAACAAUUGUUGCAGAAUUGGCUCACAAUCAGCUGGAGCAUACCGAACUGGGACCAAUUGGAGACGCAUUAGCUUCAUCCUCACAUGGGAUUUCGUGCUCCGUGCUUGUGAUACAAACACCACAGAUUAGCAAAUGAAAUCUGGGGUUGAUUAUGUUGUAGCAGUCGCUCCAUAUGUAAAUUAGUUUGGCACUAGCUUUAUGUAUAAGUCCAGGCUUGUCAUUUCACCCAGUCACUCAUCAUGAUGGGAAAAUUACAAAUAAAUGAGUCUAAUCCACUUCUGUUA